AUGGCAACAGAAACGGACGAAAUUUGUAAAAUAGAACCAGAAAAGGAGUUAGAACUGGAAGUACUGAAAAUAUUGGCCUCAACAUGUGACAAGCACAUCGAGGAAGUAUUAGAAAGAAAGAGGGUACAACCAAGCUCGCCAGAAGGAGAAAGAGAAGAUGAAAAGGAAGAAUUGAAAUCAGUGUCAAAAGUAAUAUCGUCCCUGCUCUACGAUUUCUCAAGAAGCCUGCAAAAUCAAACAAGUUCGUUCAAUACAUUCGACCUGAUAGAAAAGUCAUGUGAUUCCAUCAAGAAAAAACUUAAAGUUAUUAGUCACAGCAAGUGGAAUAGAAUACAAAAUAAAAAAUAUAAAAAUGUGUACCAUAAAAUACUAAAAAGAAGCCUGGAUCCAACAUACAGAAGAAGCACAGAGCAAAUCAACGAUGAUUUUAAAGUUAUAUUCAGAAAAAUCGAUAGAACAGUAAACAUAUGGGCGCACCAAGUGCUCUACGACGACCUGAACGUGGAAAAGUCGUACAACGAGCCGCCGCAAGUGCAAGUUAUCAGGUUCGACAAGAGCGGAGAAGUGAUAAUAACAGGAGGCUCCGAAGGGAUGAUAAAGCUGUGGGACGUGUACAGCUGCAAAGCAAUCAUGAGCCUGAAGAGACACUCAGGAGCAAUAACGAACAUAGACGUGCACCCGACGAACGCGUUCAUAGUCUCCUCGUGCGAAGGAGGAGAGAUAUGGCUGUGGGAAGUGAGCUACAACUUCUACAGGCCGCACAGAAUGCUGAAGAGCACGUACAAGUUCCUGUGGGUGAGGUUCCUGGUCAACGACUGCAGACUGGACCUGAGCGUGAAGAGCGAAGAAGGAAGAGGGCGAAUGGACGACCACGAAAGAAGGGUGUGGGAGAAGUCGCUGGACGAAACGCUGAUCGUAAGUCUGGACGCAAGCAGCACGCUGAGAGUGUACAAGAUGAGAGAGCUGCUGAGCUCGUCCUCAGGAGAUAACGUGUACACGGAGGUGACGCCGCUGUACUACCUGGACCUGUUCAACCACAACAUCACGGCCUACGACCUGUCGAAGUCGUCCUUCAACGGAGCGUACCUGACGGCAAUAGGAAUAGAGCCGCUGGACAACCAGGACUUCGAAAGCGGAGACCUGGACUGCAUCAACACGGGGAUGAACUUCAUCAAAAACGACACCUUCCACAAAAGUAACCUUAACAUAAAGGGGCGCUACAGAGACCUGAUAGGAAAGUCAGGAUUCGCACUGCUGAUGAUACCACUAAAUGACCCGAGCGAACUCGAGGAGAUGGACGCGCCGGGAAGAGGAGAGGAAGAGAGAGUCGUCAAGCGAGGACACGAGGAGGAGGGGCUCUGCCGCUGCGACGCGAAGCUUGAGUCCUCGGUGACGUGCAUAAACACGUGCGUGUUCUGCGGAAGGCAGAAGUUCAGAGAAAACAAAAGGCUGAACCUGAGCAUAUCGCACCACGACGGAAAGGAGCAGGCGGAGCAGGCGUCGGUGCCGAAGAGCAUGUUCCUCUGGACGUCGCAGAACGCCUCGGAGCUCGAAAAGUUCUGCAACGAAGCGAUUCCGGACUUCACGUUCUUCAACACGGCGGCGCCGGAAAGCAGCACGCCGAACAUCCCGACGAUGCACUACGGGAAGCUCUCGAGCAGCCUUAUCCUGCCCUCGUGCAUGAGCUCGGGCCUGGGCUCGGAGAUGGAGUCGGAGCACUUCGACAAGCUCUUCCUUAACUUCGUGAACGACGCACACGUGCUGAGCCCAGACGUGUGCUUCGCAAACACGUCGACGAACCACAUCUCGGCCUCAGACGACGCAAAGAUAUUCCUGUGGUCCUACGAAGAGGAGGUCUUCAGAAGUAAGCAGCUGACGACGAAGACAAUAGAGAGGUGGAAGAACACUAUGGGAAAGGGAGACUCGAGUAGGGCGGAGACGAAGCCAGGGUCGACCUUGACCGUCGGAAACGGGCUGCAGGAGAGGAGCCACAAGUCGAAGCAGAAGCAGCACCAGUACGUCGACCAGAACAGGAGCAGCCACCAGUCGGGCGCUAGAGCAGGAGCGCCGGGAGAAAGGGAGAGCCAGAGCAGCAUCUCGAACAACACGCUCUACGUGGUGGUCUCGCUCUGUUGGUCCUCGCACGACAAGUACGUCUGCGUGGCGGACAGCAUGGUGAGCAGGUACAACUACAAAAAGGCAAUCGCGCACGCGAGGACGAACCUGUCUGGACUCUCCUUCUUCACGACCGACGGAAGAAGAGUGAGCGACUUCCUGCACGACACGCUGAGCUACCACGUCUCCUGCGUGGCCUUCAACCCGGUCUGCGAAGAGGUCUGCGUGGCGACGUCCUACGACGGCCUGGUGGCGAUCCUGGACGUGAAGGAAGGAGUGCUGCUCAAAAAAAUGAGCCUCGGAGCGAGCGCGACCUGGCUGGACGUGCAGUGGCACCCGAUGGGCCACAAGUUCGUGGCGGCGCAGAAGUACGGCUCCUUCUCGCUAUUCUCGGCAGACCCGACGACGCUCUACGAGAGGACGCCGACAUUCCAGUCGACAUACCUGGACUUCUACUGCAACUCGAUCAGCUACGCGAACUCGGCGUACACGGGCCCGGAGCCGAACGUCGUUAAGCUGAGAAAGUACUACUCGAGCUUCUCGAACGUGCCAAUCACGCUGACCGGGGACGCGAGCUACGAAAAAAUAACAAAGUCGCUGGAAGGAGGGCCGGUGGUGUUCCUGGACGAGAGGAAAAACAACGUUAUCAUGCACACGACGGGAGGGUUCAGAAGGUGGCCGCCAGUACAACACUACAGGGCGGCAAAGCAAGGAGGCGACUUCAGGCGUGUCGACGUGUCUGAGAACAACCCAGACACCAGUAACGACGGCGCCACUAAUGUGCUUAUUGAGGCAAGCAGUGGUUGCAAAGGUGAAGGCAGCUCUGAGGGAGAUGUUUCAAAUGGCAGCAGCGACAACAACGGCGACUCUGCGCUCAAUCCCACCACUGAUGUUACGGACGAUGCAGGCGGUGAAUUAGCAACCAAUAAUAGUAACAAGCAUACAGAAACGGAAUCAACAGCCACUGAUGUUACUAACCAUACAGACAGUAAACUAACAACGAGUAAUACCAAGCAUACAGAAACGGAAUCAACAACCACGGAUGUUACUAACCAUACACACUGUGAAUUGACAACGAAUGGUAGAAGUUUAGAAGGUGGUACAGGCAGUAAUAGUGGUGGUAGUCAAGAUAUUGGUGCUCGUAAAGCUUCAAAAAACUCUGGAACGUCAGUGGACUCGAACAUAAUAUACUCAACCAUGUCAAGGUUAGAAGGGUUUCAGGAAUAUUUUGAAGCACACUACCAAGUGGAUGAAAGUGGAGACGUGAGAAAGAUAGUUAAUCAAUAUCUGCAGUUGAUGAAAAUAGUAGGAAAGUAUGGUUCAGAAAGGAAUACGGAGAAUAAAGAAGCUGGUAACAUGAAUGGGAGAACUUUGACACAAAAUUGCAAUAAAACUGCCACUAGUAGAGAUAAUGGUACUCCGACUCGGAGUAUGAUUGGUAAACUUAAUGGUGGGUUUAAUGGGAGUGUAACGGGUGGAAUAAAUGGGAGUGCGACUGCCAAUUUUACGGAGAAUCCUACAGCGACGCUGAAUGGUACUCGGAAUGGGAGUCCGACUGUGACCCCGAAUAGUAAUUACGAUGAGGCAGCACAGAACGAUAAAUCGGAGUAUCACUGUUACCUGGGAGAUUGCACAGUCUGUGAAAACUACCUGACAGUGAAUGAAAGAGCACAGAAAUACGCAUCAGUGAAAGAUUCGUUUGUGCAGUUGAAGUGUUUAACGGACAAGGACGGGAACAUAGUGAGAGCAAUGCCACCAUCAGCGAGACCACAAGACCUGGCAGAAUCACUGACACCAGAAGCAGUGAUGACGCCGCCAGGAAGAGCAGACGUGGAGUCACUAGUGGAUACGUCAAUGAGGUCAAGAUACAUAGGGUACUCGUCGCCACUAAGUGAUCGUCAGAUCAUGUCGAAUCGAACGACGCGGACGCCGCGGGAAAGAGAAAACAACGCGUUUUGGGGAAGCAGCACUGACACGAUGAGUAACAUCCAGGGGGAUCAGUUGGUUAUGUCCUCACCAUCGGAAGAAAGGCCAUUAGAAGAAGGAUCGUUAGAUGAAGAAGAAGAAGAAGAAGAAGAGGACGAUGGAGAGUUCGAGUUGGACCAAGAAGAAGAUGAGGAAGAAGACGACUACGACGAUGAAGAAGAUGCAUACACAGAAGAUGAUUUCGUGCCAGAAGAAAGAGUGACGAGAUCAAUGAGGGCAAAAAGGGCAAAAGUCAAAGAGCUGAGAAAAGGAACGAGAAAAAGUAGCCGUCUAGUAAAGAGAGAGUCGGAAGAAGGAAAGAAGGAUGAAGAAGAUGAAGAAGUAGGGAACGAUGGAUACAGUUUCAGAACAAAGAGAGGAAGAAGAGAUACCACGGAGGAGAGACAAGUAAAGUGGGCAAGGAACCUGAGUGUGGCGAUAGGACCAGUGCAAGUGAAGUACACGAGAGAAGGGAGAGAAGACUACUCGGGAAAAAAUUGCGUAUUCUGCGGAAUAGGAGAAAGGGGAGACUACUCGAAGCUGACGAGGACGCAGUCGCAGAAGCUGUCCUCGACAAUAUUGAGCAGAGGAACGGAGUUCAGACCAGCAUGUAGACUCUUCGAAAACACGAUAGUGGGUCCGAUGGGAAUACCGAGGAGGUUCCACGCGGAGCUGGACGACUACUUCGGGCUACUCAAGAGAGUGGAGUCGUCGACAAGCAUAUUCGCGCACGCAUCGUGCCUGUUGACGUCGAGGGUUAAGAUGGACGCGGCGAACAGGCUGUUGAAUCUGCCAGAGGUGCUCGUUAGAUGCAGUUUCGAUGAGUGCAGCUUCUGCGGGUCGAAGUUCGCAACGGUGGCCUGCGAAAAGUGCAAGGAGUUGUACCACUACCCGUGCGCGAUAGCACAAUACCAGGAACACAAGAGGAAGGCGCGAGGAGCUAACACAAUCAACCACUGCGACCCGCUGGUGUGUAAAAUCUUCACGUGUGUAGACUGCGCAACGAAGUACGAAAAGGAGUAUUUGUCAAGCGAGUGUUUCAUAUCGAAGGAGGCGAGAGAGUGGCUGAUGAGCGACGAGGACUCCUUCGAAAAUGAGUUCAACGUGCAGAAGGGAGACGCCAUAGUGCUGACGAGUGGGUUGUUCGAGGACAAGCACAACGCGCACUUAAGUUGGCUGACACAGAAGAAUUUCCCAAUACUGGCAAAAGUGGUGGAUAUAGCGUACAUAUUUGCAGAGAAAUCGAUAAUAGUGCCAUGUGUGCUCAUAGGGUCGUACACAGAGGAGUUUGAAGACGUAUGCAUAUUCGUAACAAGGAAGACGAGGCUGAUACUGUUGAGAGACUACCUAAUGAGCAUAUAUAACAUGAAGAAGAUGGAAGUAGGGUCGAAAGUAAAGUGUAGAAUAGAAGGAAAAGUAAAAGAAGUGGAAGUUAAGGGAGUAAAGCAAGUAAUUAAAGUAGAAAGGCCAACGAAGUUAGGGAGUCAAAUAGAUAUGAGCACACUGAAUAAAAUAGUAAAAGCAUCGUACAGCAUAGGACACCACGCAGUAAAUGUGCAAGACGAAGAUAAAUCAAAGUGGAUUGAUGCAUGGAGUAUAUCAGUGGACAAUGUGAAGGUGAACGAGGGUGGCAGUGGAGGUGUUGGUGACGGUAGCGUCAGCGAUGCAAAUAGUAGUCCAGGUGAUAGCGAUGGAAGUAGCGUCGCUAGCAGAUCAGUGAGCAUAAAAGAGGUGGAAGAGUACAUAAAAAUGCCAAACGGGUACCCAGACGAUGACAUAGAGUUGCCAGGAGACAGCACGAGUUAUGUUAACGGCGAUUACAAAAAUGGAUAUCCGAUUAGAAUUAAAUCAAACGGGUUCAUGAGUAACAGUAGAGCAAACAGUUCCUCAAGGAGAGGAAACCUAAGAAGCCGUGAAAGUAGUAGAACCAGCAGCAUUGACAACGAAAGUGGCAGGGGGUCGAUGGCAGGAGGUAGCACAAGUGGUAAAGGUAGCAGUAGCAGCCAUCAAUGUGACGGUAGGAGUAUAACGAGUAGUCGCACGUCUACCAGUGACUCCAUGGACAAUAUGGGUACCAGUAACUCUAUGGAUGACAAUACGGGUACCAGUAACGUGAUAGUUAACGGAGUUGGUACCAAUAACUCCUUAGACAAUACGGGUACCAGUAACGUGAUAGUUAACGGAGUUGGUACCAAUAACUCCUUAGACAAUACGGGUACCAGUAACGUGAUAGUUAACGGAGUUGGUGGCAACGCAUUGAUCAAUGAAAUUAAGUUAAACACAUUCCUGGAAGUUGAUAAACAGGCAGUGAUGGAGCUCCUAGGGGAAAGUAACUAUGGAACGUUCUAUGACUUGGAGGAAGCGAAGGAAGAAGAAGGAUGGCUGACAGAUUAUUGGAAGAACAUAACAAUGCCGAUAUGCAUAAGGAAGAUCGUGGAAAGACUGUUUAACCAAUACUACAGGACGCCGGAGGGGAUAUGCGGAGAUAUAAGCCUCAUGAUAGGGAAUUGCAUGGACUUUAACGAGCCCUCGAGCAAGUACUGUAAGCUGGCAGCAGAGUUGAAGGAGAAGCUAAAAAAAAUCAGAGAACAGUUCGAGUCGCCAGAAGAGUGGAAAGUGACAAUGUCGUACCUGUGGCCGAAGAUAAGAAGCGUCGUGGAAGUGUGGGAAGGCACGCAAAAGUCAAAAGCGCACACACGAGAGGAGGGAGCCAAGGAGGAGACGGCGAAGUCGUCGCCAAAAAGGAAGAUUAGGAUGGCAGAACAGCCAACGAGAAGGAGUUCGAGACUGAAAAAUAACCCAGAGAAGGAAAAGAGGGAGGAAGUGAGGAAGAGGAAAACACGAUAUAACCUAAGGUGA